CUCUUUGGCGUGUGUAAACCUCUAUUCCCUUUCUAGCGUGGCUUUGAGCCAAGGAAUCUUUCUACAUGUUCCUCUAUGUUGUUGCUCUACACUCUGACUCCAACAAAGGAGUGGAAAAAAAGAGAAAGCCCAAACAACCCCACUUGCCACAUAUAUAGCCACUGCUCCAACAACAUCCUUCCAAUUACUACACCAUCCUUUCUCUUUGUGCUCUUUUCCUCUUUUUCUUUAUCUUAGUGGUAACGAGGUUUCAUGUGGGCUGCUGAGACUGGAGAGAAUGUUUGGUGUCUGGGAAGUUUGAGUUGAUAAUUAUUAAGGACUGAAAAGAAAGAAACUUGUAUUCAUUUCAUUUUGGCAUGGAGUUGCUUUGAAUUUGCUUCUAGGUGGAAUCAAGUGGUUUAUUUUAUUUUUUUGUAAGUCGAAGACUUGGGGGUUUUCCGUGUUAUAAAGCUUUGAUUGAGGGAAAUUUUCUUCUUGCUCAUUUUCUAGGGAAGAGGUUAAGCAGAACAUAGUUUUUUAUCCGGGUUUCUUCAAAUUUCUUCCAUUUUCCCAGACCAACAAUCAAAAAUAAAAUGGAGGAGUCUCCUCAGUGGCUUAAUAUGAUUCCAAAGGAUAGAGAAUGGCAUGCAAGAGAAAGUAAAAGAAGGCAUGGUGUUUCAGAGGACAAGAAGCUGGAGCUGAGGCUUGGCCCUCCAGGAGAAGACCGGUCUCUUCUCUCUCUCAGCUAUUUGCCAUCCAUGGCUUCCAUAACCCACCUCCAUACCAACUCUCAUGGAGCCAAAAGAGGAUUUCAGGACACACUUGAAGCAAAACCAUGGCCUCGUGUCUCUUUGUCCUCAUCUUCUUCCGCUUUUGAGAAGCAGAAUCACCAGCCAAAGUCCUCAUACCUUCAGUACCCCGUGGUACCCCAGACCUUGGGUGCCAUAGUCGAUGAAUCCUCAAAGCCACGCCCCACAAGUAUGGCAGAUCAGGCGCAGCAGUAUAAGGAUAAGAUGGCAUGUUCAGUUGCUGCUGAUGCCUCAGUUUCUGCAAAUACAGCUGUGCCCAACUCCUCCCAGAAAAGAAUUGAACAUGCUCCAGUGGUUGGGUGGCCUCCAAUCCGUUCAUUCAGGAAGAAUCUUGUGAAUAGCAGCUCCUCAAAGCCUGAAUCAGAGUCACCAAACAAAAUUCCUGAGGAGACCGGCUAUGGAAAAUCUGAAAGUUCCAAAACUGGAUUGUUUGUAAAGAUUAACAUGGAUGGUGUCCCAAUUGGAAGAAAAGUGGAUCUCAAAGCCUGUGACAGCUAUGAAAAACUCUCAUAUGCUGUAGAUGAUCUCUUCAGAGGUCUUCUUUCAGCUCAAAAUGAAUCAUCUGCUGGCACUGGAAAUGAAAACAAGAUGGAGGAAGCAAAAACCAUGGCAGGAUUAUUCGAUGGAAGUGGUGAAUAUACUCUAGUUUAUGAGGAUAAUGAAGGAGACAGAAUGCUUGUUGGAGAUGUCCCAUGGCACAUGUUUGUAUCUACAGUGAGGAGAUUGCGCGUGUUGAAGAGCUCUGAACUUGCCAUCCUCUGUGUGAGUAGCAGCAAGCAAGAGAAGCCACCCCCUGGUUCUGCAGUUGAAUUUGGAAAAUGAGGAAAUUUGAAGUGAAGAAUUUCCAUACUAUAUUUGCUUUCCUCUUAGUUAUUUGGUAUGCCUUAUUUAGUGAAGAUAACCGAAGCAAAAUGUAAUAUUUGGUAUAAUUCUCUUUUCUUGGAGGUUUGAAUCUCUUUCUUUUAUUUAUGUGUUAAGGCUUUUGUAGGAUAAGUUUGUGACAUUCGAUAUGUGAAGCAUGUAAUAUUUUUGAGGGAGCGUGUCUUAAACAUUAUGCAAAGGAGUUAAAAGUAUUUUGUCUUUGUAU